AUGCCAACCAAGGUCCAUCUAGGGGGUGGUCUGCAGAGAGAGCGUCAGCUCCAUGCCCUGAGGCUGCUCCCYCGRAAGGAAAAAAGGAGCACCCGGAAGAAGCAGCGAGUGAUUGUUACGGGUGACUCCCUGCUGCAGGGCACGGAGGCACCCAUCUGCAGACUUGACCCCUUAUCCAGGGAGGUCUGCUGCUUGCCGGGGGCUCGAAUAAGGGAUGUUACAAAGAGGCUCCCCCGGAUGGUCCGAAACACUGACAAUUAUCCCCUGCUGCUCUUUCACGUGGGUGCUAAUGACGCCAUGGGGAAACUCUCCAAAAUCAAGAAAGAUUACAGAGCCCUAGGGGUGGCAGUAAAAGAGAUGGGAGCCCAGCAAGGUUUUGGAUUCUACGAUCACAGGACUSUGUUUGAUGACCACYAGCUARUGGAGGGUGACGRGAUCCACCUCACCAAGAAGGGCAGACGUGUUGUGAAGAAUCUCACAGACCCUUUGGUUGUCCCUUUGGUUACAGAUGUGACUGUAGGUGAUGACAACACACCUUCUCCGCUGAAUACCACAUUACAGUCUCUGGGGAUUCACAGAGGUGCUCAGCACAGAAUGUACCAGACCCAAAGAGCAAAGUCAUCUCCUCCAAUGUCAUCGGACAUUCUGCAGAAAKUCUUGGAGGAAUUGGAGAGAGCAGCUGGUCUUGCUGAGGACAAAGAUAUCAAGGUUGCAGCUCUGAAAUCCCCAAAGAAGCCCCGAUUGGCCUUGCUUGCCACAGUCCCAGGCUUCAUAUUGGCUGGGCUCGUGACCAUUUGUAUAGCUGCUUCCCUCAUCMUCGAGAGAAUACCAAAAGCAAUGACAGCUGGUCCUGAUGCUGACUCCAGCAGGGAAGAAUCAAGAGUAGAAAGCGGCAGUGCAAAACCAGGAAAUGAAACAAAAAYGGAUGAGGUUYCCAUGGAAAAGCAGGAGGAUAUCUGCAUUUCCAUGCAUUUCCCCCAACCGCAUCCUUCCGACUGCCUGUGUCUCCACUGUCAGCAGGGACAACGGACUUCAGAUUAUUAUUCUGAAUAAAGUUAUAGAACUGUUGGGAUAAACAGGGUCAAGUCCAUGAU